AAAUACAUAACUUUACCUUCUGUUAUUGCUAAACCCUAAACCUUCAACGGCGGGUGUUUGUUUGUAUCCUUCUUCCUCUCUCUCUCUCUCUCCGCCGCAUUACGUCUCUCUCUCUCUCUCUCUCUCUCUCAAUCUCUCAGCUUAAGCGCAGAACCAUGGCAGCGAAACAGGGAGCCGCAGCUACAACGUAUUCACCCAAAAUCAUGGCGAGAACUCGGCCUCCUAUCUUCAAAGGCUCCGACCUCGAUUGGACCCGUCCUGAUGGUCGUGGAUUCCACCAAUGCCGACCUGCCUUACUUCAAACAGGUGCUGUGAGUGCUGCUUCUGGUUCUGCUUAUGCUGAGUUUGGGAACACCAAAGUCAUUGUUUCUGUAUUUGGGCCAAGGGAGAGUAAGAAAGCAACGAGUUAUAGUGAUGUUGGUAGAUUGAAUUGCAAUGUUAGCUACACUAAUUUUGCUUCCCCGACCCUUGGUAGUCAGGGGACUGAUCACAAAGAGUACUCAUCAAUGCUUCACAAAGCGUUGGAAGGCGUAAUCAUGAUGGAGACGUUCCCAAAGACAACUGUUGAUGUUUUUGCGCUGGUUCUUGAAUCUGGAGGCAGUGACCUCCCGGUUGUGAUAUCAUGUGCUGGUCUUGCUCUAGCAGACGCCGGGAUUAUGAUGUAUGACCUUAUCACAGCUGUCUCAGUGUCUUGCAUAGGGAAAAGCCUUAUGAUUGACCCGGUUACAGAAGAGGAAGGAUGCGAAGAUGGAAGCUUCAUGAUGACGUGCAUGCCUUCUCGGAGUGAAAUCACUCAGCUGACCAUCACUGGUGAAUGGACAACGCCUAACAUUAACGAGGCAAUGCAGCUUUGCGUGGAUGCUUGUUCCAAACUUGGAGAAAUCAUGCGUGAUUGUCUGAAACAGGCUGCCUCAGCUUCAGAUGAAUGAACAUACAACUCAAGAAACUAUAGCUAUGAUUGUACCUCAGCCAUUGGUAUGAAACCGGUUAAGCUGUUGGGUUAGGUAAAAUUGAAUUUAUACUAAACCGGUGUGAUGGAGUUUAAAACAGAUGUACUGUGUUACGUCAAAAUUUGAUGGAACUAGAUCUUUAAAGAGCGUCAUUUGCUGUAUUAUGUUCUACUAGUUAGUUUUCUAUCGAGUAUUAUUUUCGUUCCGCAUC